GGAAGCGCCCGUCCGCCCGCCAUCAGCCACAGACCCAUUCAGCCAACCAGCAAUAGAGCGAUCAUCCAGUGCUCUCUAGCUCGCGCUCGCCUCGUGAGUCUCGGGGUACCGGCAGUAUAGGGACAAACUACUAGCAUCGUCGGUAGGAGGGAUCGGACGCCAGCGGUAGUGAAUGAGUGACACCUCGGUCUUAAUUGACACAUUUAAGCACCUUUGUUUCUCCCAAGACAGCUGUGUUUCUGAAGGGAUUGCCAGAAGUUCAGUCUCCCGGAACUUUACUUGGAGCAUUUUGUUUUGGAUACUUGAGCAACAUAUUUGAUACGGAUGAUAUCAUGUCCUCCUUUCUGUGAUAUUUCCCAUGAGGAUGAUCUUAAUUAUCUUAAUGUGAAAGAACGUUAUUAAAGCUCUGAAGGCAACUCUGACAUGUGUCUAAUUAGCUUUCGUAAAUAAAGUCAACGAGUUCGCAAGACUUGAAUAUUCAAGGGCCAGAUUAGCUACGAAAGCUAGGUAUCUUAUCCAAUUCUUUGACCAUCACCUAUCGUAAUGUCAUCUUAACAGCCGCUAGCCACGAGAUGUUAAUUUUUAAAGGGCUUCAUUGAUACUGGUGGCGAAUUUGGAAGAACUGAGGCAAUUAAAGGAAGCUCCUUGACGAUCCUGCUCUGGAGAUAAAUCUUUGGUCUCCGCGGAGGCAACGAGGAUAGGCAGGGAGUACCGGAGUCGCGAGGACCUGAUUAGGAGUACCCACAAUCAGUGAUUUGGAAACUUUCUGUGCUUCGUGUUGCUUCGAGUUAUGGAGUUUUCUGGAAUGUGUAUUGCCGGGCUAGGUGUGUUUGUCGUGAUGAUGCAGUUUCCAGGUACGUUAGUGCAGACCACCUGCGUCUUUCCGGAGUUCCUACAAAGCCCGUCCGAAGAUGGCUCACUGAAACCCUGGAGUACCCGGAUGUGGUGGCUCAACCUGCGCCACCUACCCAGAUGGGUGGAGAAGCAGGACGUCUUCAUAGACGGCCCGUGGCUGUGGCGCCACCGCGACAUCCUCAAGAACUGUGACCGUGUGACCAGGCGAGCCUACAGGAAGACCAGCUUCGGCCAGUGUUCCCAGAGACAGCUCGUCUACAACAGGACAUGUCUAGCAGCCAAGGGGUUUAAUAAGUUCCAGGUGGUACAGUAUGGGCCCGACAGAACACCCAAGUUCGCCUGCAUGAAGUUUCUCCGUCGGAGUGAGAACGUUGUACAGGUGCUAGAAAGUGCGCCUAGAGAAACCAACGAUGCCGGAUUGUGUGAUGAGAGUAAUCUGAAACUGGACGAAUGGCCAUGGGUUGGUCCCUAUACCAGCAGGCCAUAUUUUUGUCCAAUCAGCGGCGGUUUUACGUUUCGGACUUUCAGCAGACUGACUAAUGAGGACGUUUGCGAAGACGAAUGGCGGCGGUCGCAGCUGGAGAUCGAAUGUUUGAGCGGGGACGGGCUUGACUUCAUUGCUCCCACCGGCAGCAUCUGCAACCCCUUCUUGAGACACGGUGUUUGGAAGAGGCUAACAUGUUGUGCAGGCUGGGAGAACAACGGCUUCAUCUUCAUCGUGGCCUCAGACGUGUCGGAGAAGCCUCGAUACUGCCUGCGGUUCCCCAAGAAUCAGGAUGGUGAGUUCUCGGUUCUCAUCUACUUCAACGUCAUUUGCCCAGAAGAACCAGAUGGUAAACCUCCUCAUGGAAUAGAGUAUUACGAAAUGCGCAUGCGCAGACGAGAUCCGAACCGGUGUGAGGACGAUGACGACCGGAAGUGCCGCGAACUGCUCGCUACAGGUGUGUGUGGGAAGGACAUCAACAUCAGUCAGCACUGCAAGAAGACGUGCCAGAUGUGUCAGGGCCAACCCCGUCAGAAGUGUCGGUUCGACCCCAAACUCCACGGGAACUGGAUGUUAUAUGAUCGGGACAGAAAUGAGGAAAUCUCGAUCAACCACAACAGGGCCUCUUUCUCCAAGUUCGGCAGGUUCUCGUGCCGGGAAACGGGAUCUGACGAGAACCAAUACAAGACGGUGUCCGAGUUUACCAAUGGGUGCUCUCCUCGCUAUACGUGUAUUGAGUUUCACCGAAGGAAUAACAACGUCCUACAAUACCGGAUAAGUAAGAGCAUGCGCACUGAUGCCGACCUUGAAGACCUGUGUUCCUUCCACGACGACCCCUUUCCGCUGGGCGACAGUUACCGGAGUUUCUUCUACAAGAACCUUGUCUUAUCCAAGAAACUGUGGCCAUCCUACUGCGGCCUGGACAGCACCAUCCCCUUCAACGGCUCCUUCAACGGGGAACACUGUGAGGGUACGGUGUCGGACUGGGAUGAGGAGAGCUGCACCACCAAGGGAACGAUGUUACUCAGGUCCCACACAUGUGGUUCACUCCUGGCACCCAUGGAGUUCCAGUGUCUGGCCUACAUCCGGGAAGAGGAGACAACUCAACAACAGCUGCUGAUCACCAGGAGUAUGGACGGCCGGAACGAGUUCAACUGUUGGGUGAUCACCAACUACGUGUCAGGUGGAAGGUGGCCAUGGCGAGCCAUGUACCGGAUGCCAACAACACAGUGCUCUGUCCUCACAGAUGUCGAGAUCGACUCCAACAUACUUAAACCCAAGGCGGCCCUCUACCUGGAGGAUAGAUCCCGGAGCAAGGUGUGCAAACCCGCAGAAAUCUCGCCCGUCACCGUGUCUGUGCGCCUGCUGACCAGCGCCAUGCCCAAUAUAUACGACAUCGACACCCAAGGUAAUGGACGGAGCGCAAAUACAAACAUACCCUACGAGUCACCACGUGAACAGCCCGGAGCACCUAACCUCGGCGGGAUGUACAGCAGCGCUGGAAACGUGCGUCUCCCGUCGUUGUUGAUGUUGCUGGCAUUGAUGUCCGUGACAACCAGUUCUCGGUGACGGCAAUCACGACUGACUCUUGUAUGCAAUACUUGCUAGCUGAUCUUCACUAAGUGCCAAACUAUAGAGCAGGGAUAAUGCAGAUGAAACCGCGACGUUCAUUGGCUUGCAAUUCAGAGACUGGAAUGUGAAAUAGAAUGAUUGGUUUGGUCUUGUGAGGCGAAUGAGGUCGUAACAAAGGUUCCCAUUGGACAUGAGACUUAUAACGAACGUCCUGAUUGGGUGUUGUUACCAGCACGAUUGAAUAAACCACCUACGCUGUGUGUUAGAUCAAGAACGAAACACAAGCGAACCGACUGCUCGUGGUUUGCAUGCGCCGCCAAAUUGCGCUGAGUUUGAACAGUAAACGCCAUAGACGCCUAAGGGGGUAUUUAUCAACCGGCCCAGGUCCAGGGUCCCGUUCCUCAGAGCGAUCGUAGCGCUACGACUGUCGUAA